GGGAGCAAUGGUGCUUCGAGUAUCCAAAGACUUCGAUGUUUUGGGAACCUCCGUCAUCUUUUACUUUAUAAAGAAAACCAUAGAUGUCGGGGAAUAUGAACAAAGUGGACAUCCCAUGUCGAACUGCUUCUUUGACAUUCACAAUUGACAAUAUCCUUAAUCUGAAGCAAAACAAAAUCAACUUGGACGCACAGUUUUCUAAAGUGCAAACGGACAGUGGACGUAAAAAUGAUUUCCAACUGCGGUACCACGAGGACUACGACGUUCAGAGGCGGCAAGAGCCAGACGUACCUCAAGAGCCAGCGCAAACAGCAAACAGCGCCAGCAACGACGGCUACGCUCUUGUUCGGAAAAUCUGCAGGGAGGACUCAACUCAGAUGAUUGACACUUGUCCAAGGGCUGAGAGCGCAAGCAGCUGCGAUGAUUUAUCGGAGCAACACAAACCCAAUGCUAAAACCAAAGCAAUGGCAAAGAAGAAAACUCGCACUAUAUUCUCCAAACGGCAGAUUUUUCAAUUGGAAGCUACAUUUGACAUGAAAAGAUAUCUAAGCAGCGCAGAGCGCGCGUGUCUGGCGAAUUCCUUACAACUUACAGAGACCCAAGUCAAAAUUUGGUUCCAGAACCGUCGGAAUAAAUUGAAGCGUCAGUUAUCCACAGACAUAGAAGGACCAGUUGCCUCUGAUCAUCUUUCAGAUGCUGGAAAAAAUGUGCAAUUACCAACUCUUUAUAAAGACAGUAACAUUUUUGGCGGAUGUUUGUUACCGAUGCCUUUCCCAGUGGUAUAUCCAGCAGCAAACAAUGCACCAUACUUUUACUUUUCAAACUCUGGUAAAUAUUUCAGCUUGUUCGAUACAGAUUGAUGAUGAGCAUGUUUGGGAUGUACUUGUCGUGAACAUGAAACGUGAAUGGCCAUCAGUUCGGAUUCAGCUUCCACUGACAAUGCCCUUCAGAGUGUAUUUAAAAACCGUUAUAGGCCUACUUUUUAUGCUGGUUUUCAACUUAUCUUGACAAUUGCGUCCUAGACCAAUGCAUGUGCCACUUUUAGUCCUUCACAGUAAUGUUUUGGGUUCAUUAGAAUACAUAAUGCCAUUUAUAUAAUAAUGUGUAAUUGCAAUUAUUUUUGUUAUUAUUUAAACUCCACAAGCUUGGAAUUUUAUCAUCAAAGAAUUAUCAUUAUUUGUGCUGUAGGCCUACAGUGAUGAAUGAAUGUAGCCUAUGUUUAUAUUGUGCUGGGGAUUGAUGUAGGACAUAUUUCCUUAUACCUUAUUCCAUAUUACCUUCACUGCAACUAUAGUUGCUUGCUUUAUACAUAUUUAAUUUUUCUAACAUUUACUAUUACUGAGUUGUUGUUUAUUUUCUCACUAUGCAGUAUAUUUUAUUUAUAUUGCCUUACUUGUUCAUUUCAAUGUCUUUUUAAAUGUUUAUUUUUUACACUUACUCAUUAUCUAAAAACAGUGAUAAAGACAGAUUGUACAACUGUUGA